UGUGACCAAUUGAAAGAACACACACACAACUACAACUAUUAUCAGUAUAGUAGUUGUGCUUCAACCAUCAUAAAAAAAUUUCCUCCCUAGAUAAAUUAUAUAAAACAUUUUCUGCUUAGUCCAGUACCCCAUAUAUAUAGCUUCACCACCGCAACUCCACCACCACCUGCCACCGCAAAAUCCGCAUCGAAUCACUGCACCCACAGCACGCCAUUAGCGACCUCCAUGAAUUUCUGACACCAUCACCCGCUUAUGUUUUUCGUUUUUCGUGCCCUCACCUCUCUCUCUCUCUCUCUACGUAUACCAUAUGUGAUAAUCCUAUAUAAUUUUUUUGAUAUAUUAUCUUCAUGUGCACUGUAUAAUUUUUUAUUGAUUUAUUUAUUUGUUUGUUGUUAUGUAUAUACUAUAAGUGUACAUCCUGUUUAUUGUGAAAGUAAUGAUAAUUCGAUUCAAUAUGGCUUCAAUUGGAAAAUGUUCAUCCAUUUAUUGGACUACGUCGCCGGAGUUUGAUUUUCCCGAGCCGUCAUCGGGGAAGUUAGGGUUAUGUAAAUCGUUUGGCUUUAGUAUUUCCGGUACCCACGUCAAAACAAGUUUCGUAGCGCCUUUAAGAGCAAUCGAAGCUUCUAGAACGUCUCAACUCAAUGGAAAGGCUGAAAAUAUUCAGCGGGCUGGAUGCGAUUCCAAUCAGGUUUUGCCUACAAAUGAUUGCAAUGUUAAAGGUGUACAUCAGAUGUCUACAAUCGGGAAUUCAUCAAACAUUGUCUGGCACAAGUGUUCUGUAGAGAAAUGUGACAGAGAGGAGUUGCUUCAACAACGGGGUUGUGUUAUAUGGGUAACUGGCCUCAGCGGUUCAGGGAAGAGCACUCUGGCAUGUGCUCUAAGUCGUGGCUUACAUGCUAGAGGAAAACUCACCUAUAUCCUUGAUGGUGAUAAUCUUCGCCAUGGUCUGAAUCGCGAUCUUAGUUUUAGAGCAGAAGAUCGAGCAGAAAAUAUAAGACGAACUGGGGAGGUGGCAAAGCUUUUUGCAGAUGCUGGAGUUAUUUGUAUUGCCAGUUUGAUAUCUCCCUACAGGAAGGAUAGAGAUGCUUGCCGCAGUUUACUGGCAGAAGGGGAUUUUAUUGAGGUUUUCAUGGAUGUUCCUCUGCAUGUAUGUGAGGCAAGGGACCCUAAGGGGUUGUACAAACUUGCUCGAGCUGGGAAAAUAAAAGGUUUUACCGGCAUUGAUGAUCCAUACGAGCCACCCCUAACAUCCGAGAUAGUUUUACGUCAGAACCAAGGGCUAUGUGAUUCUCCGGAUGAUUUGGCCGAUAUAGUGAUCUCAUACUUGGACAAAAAAGGGUAUCUGAAAGCAUAAUUCCUCAUGCCUCAUCUGCAGACAUGCAACUUCAGUCUGCAUCCACCAUUUUCUAGUGUAUUGGUGAAAUAAAAUCUUCUUAUCAUUCAGAAACUUCACCUUUCCUUGUGUAAGUUGAUUGUAAUUUAUGCAAGUUGAGUUAAUUUCACUCAACUUGCCUAUCAAUUAUGUAUGCUGGACACAGUAUAGCAUUUUAUUGUCAUCAGCAGGCAAAUUCAUGGCAAUGGUGUUCUUGCUCUAUCUAUUGUCUAUGGGGAGGCCAUGUUUCACAGUGUGUUUGGUUGGAUUCAUCCAAGUACUGAAUGCUGAGGUUAGUUCACGAGCUGUAGGCGUCAGCAUAGGUUAAGAUCUGAUUGGAAAGGAUGCAUUACAUCCAUGUGGAUAGAAUAGCUUAUGCCAUUUGAUUCUAUUGUUAUAUAAUGUCUUGCAUUUGCCAA